CCACACCUUCGCUCCCUUGAAAUCUUUCUCUACUCUCUCUCUACACUGUUCUCAGUCAAGUCUCACUGCUUUCUCUUCUCCAAACCUCUCUCUCUCUCUCUCUCUCUCUCUCUCUAUCUCAGAGGAAGAUCUUCUAGAAGCUUCCAUGAGGCAUCCCUUCAAUCCCCCAUCUUAGAUUUCCAUCCCCUUCUCUCUCUCUCUCUCUCUCUCUCUCUCUCUCUCUCUCUCUCUGUUAUUGGGCUUCCAAAAGAGAGAGAAAAGAAGCCCAGAAAUGGAGAAAAAACAAGGCUUCUUCUCAGCACUGAAAGAAGAAGUAGUACGUGGGCUAUCUCCAUCAAGGUCCAGAUCCAAAAGCCCAGCUCGCAGCGCCUCCCCCAUCUCCUCUCUCCUCCGCCGUCGCAAGACCCACCUACCCCCUCCAUCUGAGCCGUUCAUUUCCAGAUCUGGUAGCCUCAGACCCGUCGGUGAGACCCUCACCCCCCUCAUGGAAGGACCCGACCCCGAUUCCUCCCUUUCCGACCCCAAGAAGGAAGGUAGGUGGGGCCACUGGAUGAAGGGACAGCUUUCCAGGGCCCCCUCUUCGUCUUCGUCAUCUUCCUCGGCUUCCGCCGCUUACAAGCGUUCCGAUCUCAGGCUGCUACUGGGUGUCAUGGGCGCUCCUCUCGCCCCGGUGCACGUUAGCACCACCGACCCUUUGCCUCACCUCAGCAUCAAGGACACCCCCAUUGAAACGUCGUCUGCCCAGUACAUAUUGCAGCAAUAUACCGCCGCUUCAGGUGGGCAGAGGUUGCAGGGUUCGAUACGCAAUGCAUAUGCUAUGGGAAAGGUUAAGAUGGUAGCAUCUGAAUUUGAGACAGCUACCAAAGUUAUGAAGAACCGGCAUGCGUCUAGAGCUGCCGAAUCUGGUGGGUUCGUUCUGUGGCAGAUGAUGCCGGACAUGUGGUACGUGGAGUUGGCGGUUGGAGGCAGCAAGGUUCAUGCUGGCUGCAACGGCAAGCUAGUAUGGAGACACACUCCUUGGCUCGGCGCUCAUGCUGCCAAAGGGCCCGUGAGGCCGUUACGCCGUGCCCUUCAGGGACUUGAUCCAAGAACCACAGCAAGCAUGUUCGCCGAUGCUAGAUGCAUUGGCGAGAAGAAGGUCAAUGGAGAAGAUUGCUUUAUCCUCAAGCUCUGUGCGGAUCCGCUGACAUUGAAGGCCAGGAGCGAAGGUCCUGCAGAGAUCAUAAGGCAUGUGUUGUUUGGUUACUUCAAUCAGCGGACUGGGCUCCUCGUCCACAUGGAAGACUCCCACCUCACCCGCAUCCAGUCGAAUGGUGGUGAUGCAGUUUACUGGGAGACCACCAUCAACUCCUUCCUCGAUGAUUACCGCCCAGUCGAAGGUCUAAUGAUCGCCCAUUCAGGCCGCUCAAUCGUGACCCUUUUCAGGUUUGGUGAGAUGGCCAUGAGUCACACCAAGACGAGGAUGGAAGAGGUAUGGACAAUCGAGGAGGUGGCCUUCAACGUUCCAGGCCUGUCAAUGGACUGUUUCAUUCCCCCUGCUGAUAUCAGAAUGGCCUCCAUCAGUGAGGCCUGUGAGCUUCCACAAGGAGAGAGGGGGAAGACCAUGGCCACCACCGCAGCUCAUCGCUCAAAGGUUGCUGCUCUGGAGAAGCCGCAGGAUAACCUUGACAACAUAAUAUGGAGGGUGGAAGUCUAAUGAAUAGGAUUAGCCAAUUUGUUUAUACUGGUAGCCUUAAUCAACUGACAAACAUUAGAUCAUAGCUAGAAGCUGAUUGAAGAAUUUUGGGUCGGCAUGCAUCAUCACCUGUAAAUGGUGAGUAUAGUCAUUCACAGGCUCUCUCUCAAAGCCUCAAAGUGAAUUUUUAUACUCAGAUCUGGGAUCGAAUAUGGAUUUGGUCUCUGAGUGCAGGUGGAGGUUUGUUUUUUCAGCAUACCACCCAUAUGCCCGAAGGGUCGUGAAGGGUCGUGGCGCUACUUUGAUAUCUCAGAGAGAGAGACCACUAACCUUCGAUUCUACUAAUUUUUUUCAUGUAAGCACUGAUGCCCACAGUGACAAGAACCCAGCUGCUGCUGUGUGCAUUGACUCUCAAAUGGUCUUUCUGUUUUUGUUUUUUUUUUUCUUCUAAGUUUUAGUGUGUGUUGAUUGAUUGUUGUAAAAGCUGUGUUGGGUGUGGGAAGAAAAGGGAUAUCUACGGUUUUUAAGAAAAAAAAAAAAUGGGGGUGAAAGAGGAGAAAAACCCAUUUUUUUUUCUUACCUAAUGUAACCUGAUUUGUGUCUUGAUCUGGGUUUCUGGUUAUGGAUUGUGCCAGUGCUACUGAAUGAAGAGAUGUAAACAAACUUGUGUUUUAUCAGAUAUUGAAUGCCUAUAUAUGAUAUUUCUUCUUC